AUGGACUUACCAUCAUUCGAUUUACUUUGGCAUUCAUCGAAAAAGCUGUCAGAAUUGGAAUCUGUUCUCGAGGAAAUUGAUCAACAUGAAGUUCAAAAGAAUUUCUCGUGCAAAAAACGAUUUCGUCGCUGUGGUGGCCUAUUCGGUGCCGGGUUUGCAAUCGAAGAUCGAAGCUACUAUGAACCGAAGCAUCUUUGUUGUGAUCAGGCAUUCUACACGGAUGCGGCCUACAGCACGCACCUGUCCGAGCAUGUUCCGGUUCAUGAUUCGGGAUACUUUGAAAAGAUAUUUCGUCCCACCACAGACACUUCGGUCGCACAGUGGAGAGAAGCACGUAAACGGUGA